GUCCUGGUUACAACCAACGAACGCCAGAAACGACGAAUGGUUAUCAAUUAUAGUCAGGCAAUUAACCGGUUCACCCUGUUGGAUGCUUACCCACUACCACGUAUUGAUGACUUGACAAGUGGUUGGUACCGUGUGGCAUUGGAUGUUACUUAUCGUUUACUGAGCAACUGGGGCUACGGAGAAGCUCAAGGUGGAGCGGCAUUGACUCCAUUCACUGCACAGAUCUGGCUUGCACGAUUCGCACUGCUCAUUCGCAUUCGCAAUUACGAGGUGGCCGAGCGGGAGUUAGCCACUUUUGGGACAUUGGACGCACCAAACGUGUACUUUGAGUCAGCACCGGACUUGUAUCCGGGCCGAUCAGGCUCCAUCAUUCCCUUCUCUCUGCGCCUCGUUCAUGCCGAAUUGCCCUUCCAUUUGGGUCGGUCCGAACAAGCACUGGAUCGACUGUAUCAUCUGAUUGCCAUCAUUGGUCGUGUGAGUAGACAGAGAUUUCUUUGUACGCAUUCGAUUUUAAAAAAAAUUUCCAAACCCGAUUGUAUAGUACAGUCGCGACUUAGGGUGGACAAUAGCUGUUACACAUGUGUACCCAUUACAACUCACAUGUGUUAG